UUGUCAAAAUCGAUUACGUCUUUUUGACAUUAAAAAAAAAAAAUAAUCACAACCAUGGCUGGUGUAACUUGCAGAUUGCCUUCAGUAUUUUCCCAAUUUAUUAGAAAUUCACAAAUUAUUUCAACAUCAAAACAUGCUAAACAUUUAAUUGCUCCAGCCAGCACAACCCAUAUCCCUCAUCGCAAUUCUAGUUUCAGAUCAUCCAACCCAGUAGCUGAUAUAUCUGAAUAUCCCGAAGUUGAGGUUAUUAAAAACCCUCCAGAGUGGAAAUUUGUCGAGAGACUACUUCCAAGUCCAACCGUACCAAAACCUGUCGCCAAGAAAGAAUAUCCAUCCGGAUGGAAGCCACCACAACCAAUUAAUACAAAAUGUGAUUAUUUCGUUGCUCGUUCUAGGAAUUUUAUGGUUCCCGUCUAUUUACAUACCAAAUACCGUGGACUUCGACGCAUAACUGUCGUUCGAUACAUUCAAGGAAAUAUCUGGAAUCUUGAACGUGAGCUGCAUAAACUUGUCGAGGAUUCGAAAGGUGGGAAAUUGGUUGCAAGUCGUGUCAAUGAACUCAGUGGACAAAUUCAUUUUCAUGGCGAUUACGUAAAAAUUAUUACAGAUUUUCUUGUUGCAAAGGGAUUUUAGAAAUCAGAAAUAAAAGUCGGUUCUAAGCUGAAUUGAAAAACUAUCA